GGAUGCGCACACUACGCGGAGCUGAGCUCAGAGGCAUCUCUGUCUUUCACUUGGCAGCAUCUCAGCGGAGUGCAGCCUCAGCGAGGCUGUGGGUGGAUCUGGAACAUUACGCUUUAGCGUGGACCACAAACCAACACAGACAAGAGCAGCAAAAACCAAAACAAAAAAAACUGCGAUCUGGAGAGUAAAACGUCUUGACCCAACUCAUUAAUUGAUCGGGGGAUUUUGGGGGCGAAAUUGUGAGGAACCCUUUAGUACGAGUCCAAGGACCAAGAGACGGACUCAGCGCGGUGCGUGUGGUUCAGAAGCGACGUGCAGAACGCACGGGGGUCUGAGGCAGUUUGGCUUCUGAGUUCCAUUCAGUAAUUAGUGUCUUGAAAUAAGCGAUCGUUGGGGAGAGCUCUAAUGGAUUCUGGAAUUACUAUCAAUCACAUUUAAUGAAGAGGGGCAAAAAUCCUGCAUUCAUAAACAAAUUAAAAUCGUCGUAUGCAGGAGAGUGUGUUCCAUUCACCAGCAGUCGGAUGAGAGUCUAAUUUGCCCUUGGCAACUAAAGAUGAGGUUUCUAUGGAAACAAAUUGUUCUUCUAUCAAUCAGCGGCUGCCUUGCAGCCUGUGCAGAGGAUUUCAUGUUCCAGGGGCCAAAAUGGAGGACAGAGCCCAGUGACCUCAUUUUACCGUACAACUCCCCGGACCAGAAAGCCGUCAUUAAAUGUGAGGCGGAAGGAACCCCUUCCCUGCAGUACAGAUGGUCACUAAACGGAACACUCAUUGAUCUGAGGAGCGACUACCGGCGUCACAUGUCUGGGGGCAACCUGACCAUUAGCGGCUUGGACAGGGACCAAGACACAGGGAUAUACCAGUGCACGGCCUCCAACAAGUGGGGCUCUCUUCUGAGCCACAGAGCCAGCCUCCAGUUUGCAUACCUUGAAAACUUCAAAACCCAAACAGUGAGGAGCGCUGUUAAUGUUCGAGAAGGCCAGGGGGUGGUUCUGCUCUGUGGACCUCCCACACAUUCUGGAGAGCUGACUUUUGCAUGGAUCUUUAAUGAGUACCCCUACUUUGUCCAGCAAGACACACGUCGGUUUAUAUCCCAGGAGACCGGGAGUCUGUACGUUGCCAAAGUUGAAUCUUCUGAUGUGGGAAACUACACUUGUGUGGUCAACAAUACCAUCACCCGAGAAAAGGUCCUGAGUCUGCCCACCCCGCUUGUCCUUAGGAACGAUGGGGUGAUGGGUGAAUACGAACCCAAAAUAGAAGUUAAUUUCCCCGAUUCCAUUCCAGCUGCCAAAGGAUCCACGGUGAAGCUGGAAUGCUUCGCUCUUGGAAACCCGGUUCCUGAAAUAAGCUGGAGAAGAACCAGUGGCGUUCCUUUCCCCGGCAAAGUCAAGAUGAGGAACUCCAACGCUGUACUGGAAAUUCCGAGUUUCCAGCAAGAGGACACCGGGACCUAUGAGUGUGUAGCGGAGAACAGCCGAGGCAAGAACACGGCGCGUGGCCGCCUCUCCUUCCACGCCAAACCCCACUGGCUCCAGACCAUCACGGACACGGCGCUGUCGAUCGAGGAGAACCUGUUCUGGGAGUGUAAGGCCAGCGGGAAGCCCAAGCCCUCGUACAGCUGGCUGAGGAACGGCGAGACCCUGACGUCCGAGAUGCGGGUGCAGAUGGAGAACGGAGCGCUGACGGUCUCCGCCCUCAACCUGUCGGACGCGGGGCUCUAUCAGUGUGUGGCGGAAAACAAACAUGGAGUUAUUUAUUCCAGCGCUGAACUAAUGGUGUUAGCCUCACCACCCAGCUUCGCCAGGAGUGGCCUGCAGGCCGUGCUGAAAGCCCUCUCCGGCAGCCAGGUGUCACUGGACUGCCAGCCCCAGGCAUCCCCACCGGCCUCCAGUCUCUGGAAGAAAGGCAACGAGCUCCUGCAGAAAAGCGACAGGAUCGCCCUGCUCCCCAAUGGAACGCUGCGCAUCGCCAACGUGACCAAGCGGGACUCGGCCAGCUACACGUGCAUCGCUAGGAACCAGUUUGGCAGCGCCAGCACCACCGGGAUGCUGCUAGUCACCGAACCCACCCGGAUUACCCUGAGGCCCACUAACAUGGAGAUCAUCGUUGGGGAGAGCAUCGUGCUGCCCUGCCAGAUGGCCUGUGACCCAGCCCUCGACGUCUCCUUCUCCUGGGCCUUCAACGGGCAGCUCAUCGACUUCCAGAGAGACGGGGAGCACUUUGAGAGAGUGGGCGGGGUGAGUCAUCUCAGGAGGCCCCAAAGUAAGUGGACCGGUGUAUUGGGUCAGGUCCUGAUUUCCUUGCCUGUGUGUCCAUUCCACUCGGCAGUGCCGGAGGUGGUCAACGGGAACCUGUUGACGGCCACGGUGGUGGGACUCAACGCCUGGGUGGAGUACCAGUUCAGGGUGGUGGCUCGCAACAGCGUGGGCGUAGGAGAACCAGCCCCGUCCAUCAAGACCCGGACAGAGGAUGCCAUGCCCGAUGCGGCGCCCACUGAUGUCGGAGGGGGAGGCGGCACAAAGUGAUUAGUGAUCACAUGGGAGCCCGUCCCCGAGGAGCUGCAGAACGGAGAGGGCUUCGGCUACAUCGUGGCCUUCCGGCCCGCGGGGGCCGCCGGCACGCCAUGGACGCGGGCCGCCGUGUCGACGCCGGGCGCGUCGCGCCACGCCUUCCGCAACGACUCCCUCCUCAUGCCACCGUUCGCCCCGUUCGACGUCAAGGUGGCGGCCUUCAACGACAAGGGCCCCGGGCCCUUCAGCUCCGUGGCCACCGUGUUCUCGGCAGAGGAAGUGCCCAGUGUGUCUCCUAAGAGGUUGAGAGCCCGCAGUGUGUCUGCAGCUCAGAUUGAAGUGUUCUGGGAACCUCUGCCUGCCAUUCCUGAACGGGUGCUGGGAUAUGAGGUGGUGUACUGGGAAGACGACACCAAACCCGACACGGUUGGGAAGGUCAGGAUUUCCGGUAACUACACGCUGGUCAACGUGACGGGGCUCACCGGCCACACACCGUACUACCUGGCCGUCGCCGCCUUCAACACAGCCGGCUCCGGCCCGCAGUCGGUCGCCAUCAACAUCACCACCAAGAAGCCGCCUCCGGGUCAGCCACCAGUCAAUGUGGAAUGGAGCAUGACCGGAUCUCUGCUCACGCUGCACUGGGACCCUGUGGUCGCUACGGAAACAGAAUCCCCCGUCACUGGAUAUAUGGUGCUGCUGAAGAGACAGGGCUACAGCGACAUCGACAUGGUCCGGACCGACAAGAACAACCUGGAGCUCAACCUGCCGGCCAGCGACAACUACCUGGUCCAGAUCAAGGCUUUGACCCAGGGGGGAGAAGGGGUGGGCAGCGAACCCAUCCAUGUGCAUAAAUCAAGCAUGGGUGCGAGAGGCUCGGGAGCUCCUGGCCUGCUCCCGCUGUACUCCUCGGCCGUCCUUAUCAGCACCCUGCUUAGCACCUCCUGGUGAGAGCCAAUCACAGAGCUUGGACAUCCCCCGGAGCCUCCUCUCCCUCCCCCAUCCCUCCCUUCCUCCCCCCAUCCCUCUUCCUCCUAUCUUCCUCCUUCCUUCCCUCCAAUGAAGCUCAACUGCCCCCCGUCACCCACCACUGGCUUCAGCAGCAGGUGCAGCCUCCCGCGGCACCAUUCCGGAGUUGACGGAUGGAUGGAUGCAGGGAAAACUGGACUGAACUGGAAUGGAGUUGAAUGGAGUUAACCGGACUUGACUGGAGUUGACAGGAGUGGAGCGGAGUGGGAGUUGUCUGGAGCAGAGCUGGAGAUGGAGUUGACAUGAACAGGAUGGAAUUAAGAAGGGCGCCCUUUAACUUUUGUUUACAUUCUUUUGCAGAUAAGACUUCGGUAAGAAAUGGCGAUUCGUGUGCAUGGUAUUUGUGUUUUUUUCUAAGUCACCAUUUUGUUCUCAUUAUGUUUUUGGGCCCACAAAUAUAAUUUCCCUUCAAAGUUAUUGUGUUGAAAUGAGCGAUGUUUGAUGAGAAUCUUUGACCAUAUACUAAUGCCUUAAAUCAAUUGUGUACAUACAUACCAAAGUAGGUGAUACAAGUCUUGUUUUAGGUCAUCAUUUGUAUUCUAGAGUUCCCGGAGAUUUUUUUUUCCACACUAUAUGUUUAGACCGAUUUGUAUUUUUUUCUUACAGCUGAAGUGCUCUAGGAAGUCAUUCAAACAGUAAAGUGAACAAAAUAAGCCCCGGCUGGCCACUAUAAGAUAUGAGCAGAUCGUCUUUCCUAGAGGUCGGAAGCCAAUUCCGAUUCAGAUCGUGGCUAAAUACCAUUACCUAAAUAUCCGUUAUCUCAUCCCCUUUAUUCCGCCGUUCAAUUUAAAUAUUAACACCUUUCUGUUCCCCCCCUCCCCUCAAGUGCUGCUAGAGGAAAAAAAAAUCAAUUUCUUUUUUUUUUCAAGCUGGCUUUGUCUAAGGGACCACGCAGGGCGUCCAGAGCAAAUUGAUCAACUGUGCCUCUCACUUCUAUCCUGUGUAUUUAAACAGUGUUUGUCCUCUACGGGCCCCCAGGCUACAGACCCUCUCCCACCUGCUCACUACUGAUGGGUCCUGGCGUAUCCUCCUUAUCCCCACUGCCUCUAAAUAAUAAAUACCCAUCAGCCUCCUGCAUCCAGAAGAGAGAGAGAGAGAGAGAGAGAGAGAGAGAGAGGGAGGCCUGGAGGAGGCAACGUGGUGCAGCUCAUGUCAUACAUAGUCCCAUAUGUAUUGUAAACCCCUUUCCCCUGAUUUGGGCCAGACUAGUGGACUAGAUACAUAUAUCACAUUGUAACACACACACACGCAAACACACAAACACGCACACACACACAGACGCACUUCAGUUGACCAGUUGGCCCAGUGCAUAAUGGAUAUAACAGAUUACUAGUGCCUUUUACUAGAAGCUUUUGGGGGGGUUGUUAGAGUGUUUUUUCUUUUCUUCCCGGGUGGUUUUGAAGGGAGAGGUGCAUGUUUCGUACGUGUUGUCGGUGGUUGUCACUUAGAAAGGAAGGCAGCGAGGGGUAUGAUCCUGGAGGCAGACCUUACAGUCUAAUAAUGCGGCGCGGUGCUCGCUGAUUAAAUUUCCAUCGGGACACGUUUACCCAAGCAGCUCACACAAGAAGGGUUGUGUGAAGGCUUUUUCGAGAGAAAUCAAAGCGCCUGAAAUUAAGGUGGGAUUCCCGACUCCUCCGUUGGAGGAGAUGCUUGGCGCUCCGGAGGCAUCAUUUAUGGCACGUCUUAUUUAAGGCGUCUGAAUAAGUAAUGA